AUGACGUUGAACUAUGACACGGUCCAAAAGAUCAAGAAGGGUGUAUUUAGUUUUGUUUACCUGAGCCCGGAGGUAUUUCUCAACAGCUCGCUUUUCACCGAGCUUUUCUUCAGUGAGGAGUUUCAAGAUAUCCUGUCGUUGGUCGUGGUGGACGAGGCCCACAUGAUCUACCUGUGGGGUCUUGUUGCAUCAAAACAAAGCAAGUCGUUAAUCAUAUUUGCUAGACUAGAAGAUCAAGCGGUGUUCAGGCCAGGUUACGGACACUUAGGCACACGGAUCAUGGCGACAAACAAUAUUCCUGUGCUCCUCCUCUCUGCAACCUGCCAACCGGUGGCUGUCUCAGCAAUCACGACUAGUUUAAUGCUUCAGCCUAGCGACAUCAACAUGAUAGAUGGGGAACUCACAAGGCCGGAAAUUCGUCUGGUUCGGGUCACAAUGCAGUCAACCCUAAGCUCCUGUGAUGAUCUACUAAGGAUUUUUGCGCCAAACAACUUGAUCUCGGCUGGUGAUUCGGUCCCAAUGAUAAUCUACUCCGGGACACGGAACCGGACUUUCCAGGUAAUGAAAGUUGUCAAUGAAGCACGCAAUACCCCAAAACACGAGUACGACCCACACGAUGGUUUCAUUCGUCGUUACCAUUCAGUCACAAGCGAUGAGGACAAGCUUCGAGUAAUGGAUGACUUUGGAUGUGGCAAGGUGCCCGUGAUAUCAGCUACUAUGGCCUUGGGCCUUGGGCAAAAUCUCAAGCGAGUUCGAUGUGUGGUACACAUGGGUCGGGGAGACCCGGCGGCCAUUGGGCAGAUGGUUGGAAGGUGUGGUAGGGACGGAAAUGUUGGCUUAGGUCUAUUGUUCAUGGAGCCGACACGGAAGAAUGGCCGGAAUGCUUUCAGCGAUUUCGAAGUGGGAAUGGACCAAAACGACGACGCACGUAUGGACGCAUUGGCCGUGACAACAGUGUGCUUGCGAAUUGCCCUCAACUUGGAUAACAAGUUUGGUUACAUCCCCCUAGACCCAAAAGACCCAAGGGUCAUUGAAGAGCGGGCGCGCGAGGAAGGUCUAGGGUUUUCGAAGUGCUUGUGCUCAAGCUGUGCUCCUAAUGAAGCCAAUGCACUGAUGAGUGUCAUUCAGCAAAUGACCCGGUCAAACUUUGAUUCUCUGCUCCAGGACCCUACAUCUGUCGAAAAGGAUCCAUGCUUUGUCCGGAUGACCCGAAAGAGGAAGAGCCAUGGCGUCAAGGGUACUUGUAGCUAUCCAAAUCACGUUGCUGAGGACCUCGAGCAACAUUUGAUUCAUACUUUCGAAGGCUUUUAUUUCGAUUUCCUGGGGCCAAGGGCUGAGUUCCCACCAUCGGUUUUCUUUGGGGUGACAGAGGCCAGGGCAAUAGUUGGGGCGAUUGAUCAGGUUCGGGACGGCAAUACCCACAACACAUCCCUUUUGGAGAGGCUGAUUGGAGGGCAAUCUUUCGAAGGCCAGAUUGAGGUCCUUGACUCAGCCAUCAGCAGCUGGAUGGAUGGCGAGUACUUUCAACAUCACCAACUCACAUUGUCUAAUCUGGAUCGGUUUAUCGAGGCCGAGGGGAUCCGAAUUAGGGAAAUGAUGGCAGCCGAGCUUUUGGUGAUGCAAGCAGCCGCAGCUUCCAGGAGGCAAGACGAUCAAGAUUCAAAGAAAGCCAAACGGGCCGAACAGGCGGUUCUAGCUGCAGCUGCCCGGACUGCGGCCAGGCUACUGAAGGCAUCGGACCUAGCGGUUGAGAAGGCACGGCUACAGAGCGAGAAGGCAGCUGAGAAGGCCUGUAGGGAAGAAGAGAGGCUUGCUAGGAAAAAACACGAGGCUCAAGAACGCGCGGCAACGAAGGCGGCCAACAAGGCACUAGCAGCGGCAGAGAAGUCCAAUAAAGAAGAAAUCAAGAGCGCGGCUAGGAAGCGGUUACCACAGGAUCGGGCAUUGAAGAAGGCCGCAAAGCAAGACAUUUUGGCACGGAAUAUGGCUCAGAGGAGGGGCGGUAACACAAUUGACAAGGGAGGGAGGGGUAGCAUGAUUUGCGAGAAUGAAAACAUCACUGAAAAUCCGGCUGAAACACAAGUGCAAGAGGGCAAGGACAUUGAGGUGGAUUUGGAUGGCAAUUGUUCACGGAUGGACGAUCGGGAUAGAAGGAUUGGGAAUACUGAAACGAUCCGCUUGUGUAACAAGGUGUCAAUUGCCGAGGAGAAACGCAUGCGGGGGGUGACACGCACAGGAGGGCACCAGGUUGGGGAAAGAACACGGAAGAAUGUCAAUCAGCCAAACAUCGGAAGGAUCUUGCGAGCUCGCCAAAAACCGUCCACCAUUGAUGUUAUGCGAUCACAAAUGGCCAGGGGAGAACAGCCUGUGAAAAACUCACCUGAUCAUAUGGACUUGGGGCCAAUGGAUUCUGAGUCUGAUGAGUUCUCGCUGCCUUCGUGAUGCUCAAGCUCAGUAGUUAGUGUUGGUGUCUGCUGGCUUGAAUUGAUCUGUUCAUCCUGGUUGUACAUACUCAUGAUGCCUUGCGAAUAUGGCCGAAACCGAUCAAGUCCGCUCAGCCCAAAUUCCUUCCUCAACUUUGCCAUUCCG